GUCAUCAAAAAAUUCGACCAUUCUUUGCAUAAUACACAACUCGGAUACCCAACGGCGAUUUUUAUGUAAUAUGCUGUAAUAAACUAUUACAUAACGUCCAUUUUGGCCUCAUAUUUUGGCGGGUUACGAUAGUCUACAAUCUGCCAUGGCGGCGACCGUUUGGCUUUCAUAUUGACAGUUGAGUGUUUUUUUUUUAAUUGUGAGUGUCAGUGUCUCAAAUCUUUGUGCCAGUGACAAAUAAUUAUACAAAGAAGGAUUCAUUGAGCUAUGACAACAGACUAAGGUCAGCAAUGGCGAAUCAGUGCGGAGAAACGAAAACCCUUGGAAUAGAAAACAAACAUAGCGUCGGCUGUAACAUGGAGACUGAUAAGGAAGUGCCCAAGAUGUCGGAAGUCCAGAACUUUUAUAACGGGAAGAAUGUCCUUAUCACGGGAGCUACAGGGUUUCUCGGAAAGAUAUUGGUGGAGAAGCUUCUUCGUAGCUGCUCAGGAGUUGAAAAUCUAUAUCUAUUGGUAAGACAGAAACGAGGGAAGGACAUUUACACCCGAAUAGAAGAAAUAUUCGAGGAUCCGGUUUUCGACCGUCUGAAGGCGGAAGUGCCGAAAUUCAGACACAAGAUUGUCGUUAUACCAGCUGACUGCGAGGCUGCCGGUUUAGGACUUACAAUCAGUGACAGACAGACACUCAUCGAAAAAGUUAACGUCGUAUUUCAUUCCGCGGCUACAGUGAAAUUUGACGAACACCUGAGAGCUGCUUUGGCCACAAACGUGUGUGCGCCGCUGUACCUGCUGGGUUUGGCCAGGGAGAUAAAAAAACUAGAGGUUUUCAUUCACAUAUCCACCGCGUACUCAAACUCCCAUCUCUCAUUCAUCGAGGAAAAAUUCUACCCGUGUGAGGCAAAUAGCGGUAAACUCCAGAAGAUGAUAGACAAAAUGUCAGACGAACAGAUAAACAAGAUAUCUCCCGCUGUUUUAGGUUCGUGGCCAAAUACUUACACAUUCACAAAAGCUUUGGCGGAAAAGGAAUUGAGAGAAAACUCGAAGAACAUACCGCUUGGUAUCUUCAGACCGGCCAUUGUGACAUCAACUUUGAAGGAACCAUUAAAAUGUUGGCUGGACAACAUGUACGGCCCUACCGGAGUCGCUGUGGGUACAGCGACAGGAAUGCUCCGAACUGUUCAAUGUGAUAAAACAGUGACAGCUGAUUUGGUGCCCGUGGACUCAGUGGUCAACUGUCUCAUAGUGGCAGCUUACAAUGUACAUAGAGAAUUUGUUAAAAGCCCACCUCAAGAACCGCCGAUAUUUAACUACGUCAGUUCCGUUGAGAAUAGAAUCACGUGGGGUGAUUUUACCGAUUUAAAUAUGGCGAGAAUCGAUAAACAUCCAUUCUCUAACGCCGUUUGGUACGUGUCACUUACUCUGAACAAGUCAUCGUUCGUGAACGCGGUUUGCGUGCUUUUCCUACACUUACUCCCGGCGGCGCUAGUGGACGGACUCGCCGUGUGUGUCGGAAAAAAACCACAGAUGUUGAAGGUUUAUAGAAAGAUACACAAGUUCUCAUCAGUGCUGUCAUACUUCUGUACGAAAGAAAUUAAAUUCUGUAAUAAACGGACCAGGGAAUUGUGGGACAACACGUCUCAAACAGACAAACAGAUAUUUCCAUUCAGUAUGGCUGAAGUCUCGUGGUCCUCAUAUUUCGACGACUACCUAGCGGGCAUCCGACGGUAUUUGUUCAAAGAGAGCGACGACACUCUUCCACGGGCUAGACGCAAGUGGACGCGAUUAUAUUAUCUACAUCAGAUAGUCCGCAUCGUGUUCUGUUUGUUCGCCAUUUAUGUUAUCUGGUGUUUCAUUUCGCGGGUUUUGUGAUAAAAACCGUCAAAAUAAACACAAAAAAAAAAUCAAACCAAAUAUGUACGUAUAUAUCCGCUUCAUGAAUCGCAAUUUUCCAUUUAUAACAAGUUAAUCUGUACAAAGAUGUAUAUAGCUAUAUUUAAAUGUAAUUUAGUUUUUAGACGUUUUUAAACGUAAUAUGACAGAUUAAUGUAUAUGUACUGUUACAGUGUAAGUUUUAAUAUAUUGAUGACAUUUCUAGGUUAAGAUCUUUAUUGUACAGGUAUUAAUAUCGUUAGAACAUGUAAAAACCUUUGUAAUCUGUAGAUUAUAUGAGAAAUAAAAAAAAAUGGUUUUAUUU